UUCACUUCGGGUGCGCUCGAGAAUGUAGUCGCUGCUCUCCGGAACUGGACAUUUUCACAGCACAUAGCGGACCGAGGACCACCAUGCUCCGGUCCUUGCUGCUGCUCUGGAUCCCGGCUGCUCUUCUCUCCGGGGCUGGGGCUCAGUAUUCCAGCGACCAGUGCAGCUGGCGGGGAAGUGGUCUGAGUCACGAGGCCCACCACAGAGACGUGGAGCAGGUCUACCUCCGCUGCUCUCAAGGGUCUGUAGAGUGGCUGUACCCAACAGGAGCCAUCUUCAUUAACCUGCGCCCAAACACGGAACCCUCAUGGGGACACAGCCUGGGUCUCCAUGUGUGCAUCAGACCUCAUGCUCACUCUCAAGGGGCCAACAUGUAUUUGGAAAAAGCCGGGGAGUUGAAGCUGCUGCUGGCGGAGAAGGAGCAGGCCUCCGGGUCGGUGCACUGCUUCAGCAAAGACGACGGGGCUCUGUUUGUGGAGGCUGUUCCCCAGACCGACAUCAGCCGGAGGAUCACUGCUUUCCAGUAUGAGCUGGUCCCCAGUCAGGGUCCUGGCGUGCACAUGUACACACGCCUGCACUCAGGUCCAGUGGCCUGUGUGCCGUGUUCAGAUGCAGACGUUCUCAUGGCUGUGUGCACCAGUGACUUCGUGGCGAGGGGAUCAUUUCGGGGUGUCGCGAAGGUCACGGAAGACCACUCUGAAGUCAUGGUCAGUCUGAAGCAAGUGCUCCAGCAGAAGAGCAGGAUAUUUGCGUGGGGCGGAGCAAGAGUGCGGAGCUGGAGCGGACGUGUCAGUCUACCAGCGCGAUGCCACAUUCCGACGGGAGGCGAAGAGUUUCUCUUAACCGGAUCCAUUCACUUUGGCGAAGCUUGGCUCGGCUGCGCCCCUCGCUACAAAGACUUUAUCAAGAUAUACAGCAGUGCGCAGAGUGAGGGAUCCAACCCCUGUCAACUGCACCCCAGCGAAGAGCUGCCCUUCAGUUAAAGGAGGGUAUUGAAGUGAGGUGGUUUGUGUUGCAUCCAGUCAUGGGUCAUGAGUUAUUGCCCUGAAUAUGAGCUUGCUUUGUAAGAAGCUUCCUGUUUAUUUUAGUCUUCUGACAGAAGUGAAUGAUGUGCAGCUCUGUGAGUUGUUGAGUCGAAAUGUUUUUGACAAAUAUUAAAA